UUUUCAUGCGGAUAUAUUCGUUUGUUUAUCCUCAUCAAUACGAAUAAACAAACCAAAAAUGGCGAGUCCAAGAAACAUUCGUACAACUAUUUGUGUGAUAUUUAUUGGAGUGUUAUGCUUACAAGGACAAAUUAAUUUAUCAGAAGGCCUGUCUUACGGGGAAUCUGUAGAGUACCCCCAGGAUGUCUCAGUGGUAUCACUGGGGCAGGGACGAUUCCGUCGUCAGGUGGAUAACAGCUCCAUGACAACCACAGCCCCUGAAAAGACGACAACUCAAGACUUGCUUGACUACAAUAUUGCGCAUGAUGAUCACUCAUACUACAAGUCGUUAACGAUCAAGCAGUCGAACAUCGCCGAUUACUGGGUGGAGUUAAAGGACGCCAAGGGACAUCAGACCCUCUCCGACAGUAACCGAACAGCUGUGACAGCCUCACUUCCGUUCACGUUUCUAUUUUACGGCCAUCCAGUGACCAAUGUUACCAUAGCUACUGGAGGUUUUCUGUAUAUGAGUCCGUUUUUGCAUCAGUGGCUGACCGCUACACAGUACAUUGCGCCCUUGAUGGCCAAUUUCGAUACACAAAUCGGAAAUAGUUCGGAGGUUGCUUUUCAGUCGUUUGCCAACAAAUUUGUUGUGGAAUGGAGAGAUGUUUACCUUCAAGACCAAAAUGGAUCAGGCACAUUCCAGUUUCAAGUCAUUCUUCACAUGAACGGAUCUAUAGUGUUUGUCUACAAACAGCUACCAUUACCCGUGUACAAUAUUUCUGAUGUUAAUCACAGCGUCAAGGUCGGACUGUCCGAUGCAUUCUAUUAUGACACGCUUUACGUUGAUGAAAAUGGCAUAAGCAAGAAACGACGAACAAUUUAUGAGUACCACAGAGUUCUUUUGAAUACAUCUGACAUAAGGGAGGGAACUGUGGUGAUACUUCAUCCACUGCCAACUUGCAACCAGUACUCGGAAUGCGAGUCAUGUGUCAACUCGAAGAUUGGUUUCACGUGCAAGUGGUGCGGUGUAAUCAACCGAUGCUCGGACAGCGUGGACUGGUACAGGCAGGAGUGGCUCGACCAGGGUUGUGUGCAUUUGUCUGGAUCGGCCAACUGCUCUCAGAUCCCAACUCGGGCUCCCCAAGCACAGACCAGCAGUACAUUACCCAGUGUUAAAGAUGGUGACACAAUCCAGACAGAUAUUGACGAAUGCGCAUCAUCCCCAUGUCUGCACGGUGGUACGUGUUCAGAUGGUGUCAACGCUUACACCUGUACAUGUCCAGCUGGGUUCAGUGGAUUGAAGUGUGAAACCAAUCUUGACGAAUGCGCAUCGUCCCCAUGCCAACACGGUGGUACAUGUUCAGAUGGUGUUAACCGUUACACUUGCACAUGUUCGGCUGGCUUCAGUGGAAUAAACUGUCAAACCAACUUCAACAAACAGCUGAUAUGCUACAGUUGUGAAGACAUGUCUGACCUUGCACUCUGUGAUACAGUACAGAAAUGUGGCGAAGGGGAAGUGUGUGUGGUAGAGCGAACUUAUGCCAAGUACAGAUCGGGAUGUGCCAAUAGUUCGAUUUGUACGAAAUUUCCAAGUUCAAGACACUGUGCAGAAUGUUGCAAUAACGACUACUGCAAUGGACGUGGAUGUGGGGAUGAAGGUUUGGUCGCAAGAAACGAACGGGGCCCACUGUGCUAUGACUGCAAUCAUGUUCGAACCAUUCAGCAAUGCACGUCCAUAAGACCGUGUAAUCAACACGAGACAUGCAGUAUCGAGGAAUUCGAAUGGCUGAAUCUCACACACUUCAAGCUUGGGUGUGUAGAUGCACCGUGCAGCGCUAUUGGGAACGGAGUUCUGCGUUCUUUGCCACGUUGCAAAUCGUGUUGCGAUCAAGACUUUUGCAACACCAAUUGCACACACCAUCAGUCCAUAGGCAUAAUUGGCUGACACGACGACCAUCUGGCAAAAGAAUUGUGAAUCUUUAUUGAGUGUGCGUUUACAAUGUGUAAAUAUGCAUAUGAAGAUUAAAUAUACAGCAAAGACUGUUAUUGAACAUA